UUGACCAGGCAACCAGGUUAUCAUCUAUUCUCUCUCGUAUCGAGACUCAUCAUCGCAACAAACUACGUAUUGUCCAACUUCAGCCUUACUCAAAUAGAGGACAUGAUGUUAAAAGAUUGGCCGCACUUCAAAUUUUGGCUUCGCUUUCACACAACACUAUGACUGAUAUCAAUCCGUUCAUAAUAUCGGACAACGAUUUGAAAAAAGAUCAGCAAAUAACCAAUACACAUCAGAUGUUCACAAAAGUUAAUGUAUUACUCCAAGAAAUAGAUGUGAAUGACAGCACUGAUUAUUAUGAGCUUUACACAAUGAUCGAACUGCUCGAUGCUGUCGUUGGAGCAGAAAGCCUUGUACCCCAGGAAAAGGUUAUCGUUGAGAAGAUUAAAAUGAUGCUAACCUCACUUCACAGCCAUAUCAAAGAUCCAAGAGCGAUGUUCAUGAGUCGUUCUAAGGUCAAGGAUCUUAUACUACGAACCGUCACAAAAUUCGCGUAUAUGGUUCAAGGAAAGAAAGGAGUCCAAAAUCAGAAAACUAUUACGAAAUUCUUCGUGGAAGGUAAAUCUGAACUUCGUAUUGAAACACUCGAAGAUUCCGAAGUCAUCGAAGAAGACGAUGAAGAACUUCAAUCUCAAGAGUCUCAGACAUCGUCAUUAAUUCUUGAUGCUCUAACGCAGACAAGUGAACAUUCACAUCAUGAAAGUCAAGAAUUUCCUCCAUAGUUUUCGUUCCAGCUAUGCAGUUCCUGCCUGAUUAUGAAGGCUUUUUCCAUGAGAAACAACAGCCUCGAGGAGCAUAAACCAUGCAAUAGUUAUCCGGGACCGCGCCAAAACGUUGGUGUGCUGAGAUGGCGACUCUUUAUUUUACGAAUAUAUAUAAAUAUAUAUAUAUAUAUAUAUAUAUAUAUAUAUAUAUAUAUAUAUAUAUAUAUAUAUAUAUAUAUAUCUGCACGGAAGGUGAUAGACUUUGGGUCACCAGGGUUAGAAUUCGGCUCGUACCACGUUAUUAUUUUGUCUACAUUAAUAUCAGCUGGCAUCUUACUGAACACUGAUAUAGAUUUGUUGUGCACAUGGCAGCAGUCCUCCAAGGCUCCAACGGCAAUUAUAUGACACUAUUUUUGUUAAAACAGGAUUGAACAACGCAAAAUUGUAGUAGUGCAAUUAUAUGACAUGUGAGCACUAGGGUUUUGCGAUGAGUGUAUGGAUAAAGGCCUUCAGUCACUGAAAAUCACGACGCAAGAUUGUAUUAGAUGAUUACGUUUAAAAUCUGACUUCUGAACAACUGCUCAUGUUUAUCACACGAUGAAAACAACAUGUCAAUAAUGUCAAUAAUGUGACAAAAUACUUUUUACACCUUAAAAAAAUUGCAAAUAGCAAUUCUAAUGCCGUUUUCGAUGUAUUAAAUAAUAUCAUCCCACGUAGAUUGCAGGGGCCAGUUGUUCAAACUUCAAAGCUAGGUUAGCGCUAACCCUGGGUUAAAUUUUAAUCCAGUGUUUUCGUUUAUGUACUUCUGAACCACUCUUCGUUUCGAAACUGCACAAAAUAUGACUUCUAUAUCGGUCCAGAAAAUAUUUGUGAAAAAAGAUAUUCAACUUUGUAAAUAAGCGGCUUGAAAAAUCGAUGUUAAGAUUUGCUUUAACUCAGAGUUAAGCUAACCGGCUUUUGAACAACCGAUCCCAGAGCGUAAUAAUCAUCGAAUGUGCAAUUCUAGGAACAAAUUACCAGGUGAUCCCGCGCUCAUAUUUUCGCCAAUCAGGGUUCAGAAAGGUUGUCGGAAUAUAAAAAUCCACUCUGCAGCAUUUAAGUUGUUUCACCCGAGAACAAUUUUAUUUGACAACUAGUCCGAGUCCUUUCCCGCCAUUUCACAUCACCUGGUAGUCUAAUAUAGUUACGUUUCAACUCGUGAUCAUCUUAAAUGGUUCGUAAUAGCCGUUCUUUUCUCUAUAAGGUUUUAUUUUUAUAACUAUGCAAAAUACCCUUUUGCAACACGUGCACAACGUCAACGUGUGGAUUAGCGAAAUUAAUAUUUUUAUCCGAGCAAUAAUAAUUUAAGUAAGUCCUAAUUUAAUAUAUUAUUUGUUCUGUUUUUUUUUUGAAGUGUCAAUAUUGCCAGCGGGCAUGAUUUUAAAUAAAUAAUGUACAAAA